AUGCCGUCCGAGGCGUCAACAGAGGAGCUGAGUGUCGAUGCCGGAGUGCAUCCCAAAGCGCCGACAGAGGCACUCGCUGCCUUUGAGCCGUUCGUGCAAUGGCUGCUCUCCGCAUCAGCAGACGACUUGACUUUUCCUCCUGGAGAAUUUUUCUCCAGCUUCGAAGCUGCGAGUGACGUAAGCGAUGGUAUCGACGAGGAGGCUAACUCUACAAGCUCUGACGCGAUACAACAAGAAGGGUGGCCGCCGUUUGAACAUACCGGCAAAGCACGACUCGCGUUAGCUGAAGCUGAAGGUGAACUGGAGAUGGCAUGGGAUCAGCUGUCUUGUGCUCGAAGAGAGUGGGGCAUGCUCGACGACAAGUUGAUAGCUUUACAGUUCGAGCGUGACGAAAACCGCGAGUACAUUGCACUUUUAGAGCGACGGAUCAUUAAGCUUCUCCAGGACCGGGACCUGGCCAUCGCAGAGACGUACACGACGGAAAAGCAGAUUCAAGACGCCGAGUUUUUCAAAGCUAAACAGCUACAGCGGCGACAACAGCAGGAAGAAGAGCAGAGGAAGGCACGUGUAGCCUCAGCGCUUCGCAAGUUGCUGCUCCGUCGAAGCAGCGACGAUGGUGGCAAUAGCAGCGGUGGCGAGUCCCCGACAGCAGCUUCGUCUCCAAAAUACACUGAGAAAGAUGUUCAGCGACUCCAGAAGGAGCUGGCAGACUCGAAAGUGGCAGCUGCAGUGGCCAAGGCGGAACGGGAUGAGCGACGACACGCCGUACGCCGAGCAGAGCGCCGGUGCGUUGAGUUGAAACUAGCGCUGGCUCAGGCACGAGCAGAAGAAGACGAUCUACAAACUUCUAUCCAGCAACUAACUCACGCUCGCCGCAACUCCGUGGGCCAUUUGAAGCAGAUAUCGCUCUUCUCUUCAGCUGCUGCACUGCCGCUGGAGCCUCCGCCGGCGCCGACAGCAGGGAUGUGGGCGAGCUAGGUGCUCGCGAUGUUUCACUAUUAAUUUAGACCGGUUAACAUGAACGGCAUGCAGGUUUGUAUUUAAGAAGUGUUUGACGUACAAACAUAUUGGACAGGCA